GUAGAAAACUUACUCAGUAAGCUGUCAAGGCAGAAUGUUUUCCUUCUGAACAUGGACCAAACUGAGCGAAGAGACCACCGGAGAGCUACUUAAUGUCUCUAUAGUUUACUAGAAACGACACGCCACGAGUUUUUGGACUUUUAAGGCGACAAAAAUGACAUUACUGAGCCGCUUUUGUGGACUUGAGAUCUGUGAGUACAAACACUAUCGUCGCUACCAGACGCACUAACUAACGGCAGCUAAAGUUGCGAAGCCUUAAAAGUUAGCACCAACCAUCAAGAAAAGACUUAAAGUUCUUUUUUAUUUACCUUUCAAUUUUGCUAAAAGAUAUAAUUAUGAGUAAACACCAAGUAUGGUAGUUCCCCUGUCGACUGGUGUGGACUAGAACCGGAGGGAAACAGGAUUCGAAGGAGCCGGACAGGUAGCUCCUCCUGUUGCGAUGGGCAACCGCGGGAUGGAGGAGCUGAUCCCGCUGGUCAACCGCCUUCAGGACGCCCUGAGCAGCGUGGGGGAGAGCGCCAGCCUCCACCUGCCCCAGAUAGCCGUGGUGGGCGGCCAGAGUGCAGGCAAGAGCUCCGUGCUGGAGAACUUUGUGGGCAGAGACUUUCUUCCACGGGGUUCAGGAAUUGUCACUCGCAGACCGUUAAUCCUCCAGCUGCUAAAUAGUAACACAGAGUAUGGUGAAUUUCUCCAUUGUAAGGGAAAGAAGUUCACAGAUUUUGACGAGAUCCGCAAGGAAAUCGAGACAGAGACACGGAAACUUACAGGAUCGAAUAAAGCCAUCUCUCCUAUUCCCAUCAACCUACGGAUUUACUCACCAAAUGUGCUCAACCUGACUCUUGUGGACCUGCCUGGCAUCACCAAAGUGCCCGUAGGCGAUCAGCCAGCUGACAUAGAGUACCAAGUUCGAGACAUGAUCAUGCAGUACAUCUGUAAAGAAAACUGCCUCAUCCUGGCUGUCACGCCUGCCAACACUGACCUGGCCAACUCUGAUGCACUGAAAUUGGCCAAAGAUGUUGACCCGCAAGGUCUGCGCACAAUUGGUGUAAUCACAAAGCUGGACCUGAUGGAUGCAGGAACAAAUGCCAGGGAAAUCCUAGAGAACAGGUUGCUUCCCCUACGCAGAGGUUACAUUGGGGUUGUGAACCGCAGUCAGAAGGACAUUGAUGGGAAAAAGGACAUUCAAGAAGCUCUGGAGGCAGAGAAAAAGUUCUUUCUGUCCCAUCUGGCCUACAAACACAUGGCUCAAACCAUGGGGACCCCAUAUUUACAAAGAAUACUUAACCAGCAACUGACAAACCACAUCCGAGACACACUGCCAGCCUUCCGUAGUCAUCUACAGAGCCAGCUACUAGCUUUGAACAAAGAGGCCGAAGAGUAUGGACAGUUUAAUCCUGAUGACCCAGCACGCAGGACCAAGACACUGCUAAAGUUAGUUCAGCGCUUGGCUGUUGAUUUUGAGAAGCUAAUUGAGGGUUCGGGUGACAAAGUAGACACUGUCAAUCUGUCAGGAGGUGCUAGGAUCAAUCGAAUCUUCCAUGAGCGUUUCCCCUACGAACUGGUCAAGAUUGAGUCUGAUGAGAGGAAGCUACGGCGGGAGAUCAACUAUGCCAUCAGAAACAUCCAUGGUGUCAGAACAGGCUUGUUCACUCCUGACAUGGCCUUUGAAGCCAUAGUGAAGAAACAGAUAUCAAGGCUACAAGAUCCAUGUACUAAAUUUAUUGACCUGGUCACUCAAGAACUAGUCACCACUACGCAGCAGUGUAUCAACAAGCUCAGUUCUUUCCCCAAACUGCGAGAUGAGACAGAGAGAAUUGUAACCUCUGAAAUUCGAGAACAUGAGAGCAGAUGCAGAGAUCAGGUCUUGCUGCUUAUUGACAUACAGCUUGCCUACAUAAAUACCAAACACGAAGACUUCAUCGGCUUCACGAAUGUCCAGCAGGCUUACAAUCAAAGCAAUAAGAAGACUGUUCCAGGGAUAACAGGAAACCAGGGUGUGGCCCCUCCUUCAAGUCUAAUAGUGAUACGGAAGGGCUGGCUGACUAUCUCCAACAUUGGCAUCAUGAAAGGUGGAGCCAGGGAAUACUGGUUCAUCCUCUCUGCAGAGAGCCUGUCGUGGUUCAAGGAUGAUGAGGAGAAGGAGAAGAAGUACAUGCUUCCUCUGGACAACUUGAAGCUCAGAGAUGUUGAGAAGGGCUUCAUGUCCAGCAAAUUUGUUUUUGCUAUCUUCAACACAGAGUUAAGGAACGUGUACAAGGACUACAAAUGCCUGGAGUUGGCCUGUAACUCUCAGGAGGAGCUGGACAGCUGGAAGGCUUCUCUGCUGCGGGCCGGCGUGUACCCUGAGAGAGUCGCUGUCGAUGGUCAGGGAAAUGGAACUCCUGAAAACUUCACAGACCCCCAGCUGGAGCGUCAAGUGGAGACCAUUCGUAAUCUGGUUGACUCCUACAUGAGUAUCAUCUAUAAGACCGUCAGGGACUUAAUGCCAAAAACCAUAAUGCACCUCAUGAUCAACAGUGUGAAGGAGUUCAUUAGCUCCGAGCUCCUGGCUCAGCUCUACGCUCUGGGAGAAUGCUCAGUGCUGAUGGAUGAGUCACCAGAGCAGCAGCAGCACCGGGUGGAAGUUCUCAGCAAACAUGCAGCCCUGAAGGAGGCGCUCGCUGUCAUUGGAGAGAUCUCUACUUCUACCUGCACCACUCCUCUGCCUCCACCUGUAGACUCCUCCUGGAUACAGCCCUCCAGCCUAAGUCCUCCUAAACACUCAGGCAGGCCAGUGAUUCGUGGCCAUGCUCCACCUGCUCCUCGGGUGCCUCACACUGGACACAAUGCUUCCCCCGCCGGCUUUCAGCGGCUCGCUGUUCAACACAGCCGAGCCCCAACCAGUGUGCCAAGGAGGCAUCCUCCAGCAAUACCGAACGUCAAAUAAGUCUUUUCUGCUCAGGACUCCAUUACCCAUCUGCCCCUGUACUUCUUCCAGCUGCAGCUGACUGCUACCCAGAGAAAUCCCACAACCUGCCUGAUGUGUAAUCCAGCUGAAGCACUACGCUGGGCUUCUCCCCGUCUCCUCUGGGAGCUGCAGUCUGCAAAAUUCACUCCGUCCUGAGUCUGCUUUGUACAUAAUACAUUGGCCAUAAACGCUGGAAUGUGCACAACUCUCUGCUGACUUCUCUCAAGUGCCUGAACUUUGUGUAUAUAUAAAAAAAAUAUCAAAUUGAAUUAUUCUGCUAAAAGAGAAUAUAAAUGCACUGUUUUUACCGUUUGUGAAUAAACUGGUAUUUUAUUUUUGAA